AUCCGGAAGCCCAGCUGACUGACGGGCUAACUUGCCGACGUGUUUAACGCGCAACAGCAACGAGCAAACGAAGGUUGGCGGAGUUUGUGUCUCCGGCAUUUUCUCAGGACACGAUGAGUCUCCAGUGGACGGCCGUCGCCACCUUCCUCUACGUCGAGGUCUUCUUCGUGCUGCUGCUCUGCAUCCCCUUCAUCUCCCCCAAGAGAUGGAGUAAGAUCUUCAAGUCCCGGAUCAUUCAGACCAUCGCUUUCUAUGGGAACACGUCCUUCAUGGUGGCCAUCGCCAUCCUCGUCUUCCUGCUCAUCGAUGCGUUCCGUGAGGUGAGGAAGUACAGCGUUCCAGAGAAAGUGGACCUGACCAACAACCCGUCGGCCAUCGAACACAUUCACAUGAAGCUGUUCAGAGCUCAGAGGAACGAGUACAUCGCCGGCUUCGCCCUGCUGCUCUGCCUCCUGCUGCGCCGCCUCGCCACGCUGCUCUCGCAGCAGGCCACGCUCAUGGCCUCCAACGAGGCCUUCAAGAAGCAGGCGGAGGGCGCCAGCAACGCCGCCAAGAAGUACAUGGAGGACAACGAGCUGCUGCAGGAGAAACUUCGUGUCUCCGGAGUCGAGCUGCCGGCGGCCGGAAAGAAAGGAGGCGCGCCGCAGGAGGAGAACAACAAGACCCUGAAGGAGGAGGUGAAGACCCUGAAGGAGGAGCUAGACGCCGCCAAGAAAGCGCUGCAGACGUCUGACGGAGACGUUCGUGCGAUGAAGAAACAGUCGGAGAAUCUGACGGUGGAGUACGACCGUCUGCUGGAGGAGCACAGCAGACUGCUGGCGACCAGCGACAAGAAGUCCGACUGAGGAGGACGAGGACGGCGCCGCUCUGGCGGUUCCACGUUAAGACGGAUGAACGUUUGUCGGAGCUUCAAGCUAAGAUCUCGCCGCUUGUUUGUGAAACUUUUAGUUUUAGUUCUUCACUUUGAUGAUUUAUGACGACCGCGACAUCUGAUCCUUUGAUUCCACGAUCGGUGACGCGCCGUCAUCGCCAUGAACACGGGGAGAACUUUUAUGUUGGUUUAUCGGUUUUAUAGUUUACGGUUCCAUGUUUUGUUUUGAGAUCUUUGAAUUGAAACAUCGGUUGUUUGGUUCUGAGCUGUGAUGCGUUCAAGUGUUGUAAAAUCCUGUUGAACUGAUCGGACCGUUUAAGAGCUGGAGGAAGAUUCAGAGAAGAGCCCUGAUGAUGAUGAUGAUGAUGAUGAGGAAGAUGAUGAUUCUGGGCUAAAAUCCCAAAAUAUUCAUAACGUUUUUUUCUUCUAGACUUUGAUCUUUCUCUGAAUCUUCUUCUGGUAUAUAAAUAAUAAUCAAGAUGUCCAUUAAACUCUUUCACUGACCGUCCGUCUGAUCCAGACAGGAAGUCGAAUGACUUGACUUCCUGUUUCAAGUCGCAUGACGCGUGUUCUGAUUCUGUUCGUGCAGAAAUUUGAAUCCUUCGCAACGACCACCUUUUAUUUUGAAAAUCCUUUUGUCACCCGACGGGUUUGUGUUGAAUCUUGCAUCGUCGAGGCUAACGGCUGGUUGAGUCCACAAGGUUCUCACUGCGUCCGUUUGGCGUUUUGUUUUCUUCUACCUUUUUGUUUGUUCAGUUUAUUUCUCCUGUUUGAAACUCUGACUGUACGCUUAUUAUUAUUAUAUUUACAGACUUAGAUGCUUUUUUUUCUGAAACAUAAACUUGAGACCAAAACCUCAUGCUAGUAUUUGUAUGGACAAACGGCUUUCUACUAUUCUUCUUCUGUGUUUCUAUUUUCUCAUGUUCAGGUGCAUCAUGCGAAGUCUGAGGUGUUAAAAAUGAAGAGUCAACAGUUUCUUCUUCUUGUCUGUUGAAUGAGCGUGAAAUAAAACACCAGAAGAAGAACUUCAA